AUGUUGCCGCGCGUGGUCACGAUCUUGACCCUGUUGGCCACAGUCGCGAGGGCUGUCGACCCUUGCGCCACCAUAGCCGGCCAAAAAUGGACAUCUCCCCAGGAUGUCAGGACUUGCUUCGCCUCGUUCAAAGUCGACCCGGAAAUCAAGGCCAACAUCGUCGAUGUUGUCAAUAAGACAUUGGCAUUUCACACAUCUGUGAAUUAUGAAAUCCUGGCACCGCCGCCGUUCAGCGCAGAUGUCCACGAAAACCUAUUAGCAGACCUCGCUCGUAUCAGCCAACAGGAGUAUCCUUCCGAUUUUGACCUGCAUAUCGACAUGUCACAGACCCUGAAAAGGCUGAACGAUGGUCAUUGCGUCUAUAUUAACGACUGCUAUGACUCGCUAUUCUUGACCUUCUUGCCUCUCCCGUUGGUCCUGCUGACCGACCCAGACGAGUCCCAGAGUGUCCACAUUGCCCCAGAAGCCUUUGCUGUGGCUUCUGUAGAGUUCGCGGACGAACUUGACGUCUGGCAGAAUGCGCUGCCCGGCGCACUCAAGGGCCAACUAGAGACAGCUGAGAUCCGUUACUCACAACAAUACCAGCUCUCUGGCGCCGAGGUCCUCGCAAUCAACGGUCAGGAUCCAUUUGUUGCGGUCGACGCGAACGCACAGACUGCUGGCAGCUUCCAACCGUUUGGUACGCGUCAAAAUGGCUUCUUCGCGAGUUAUAAUCGCGUAGACGCAGGGUGGAGCUACAUCAUGGGCCAAUUUGCCCAGCUGUCACUUCCGUUAAACGAUUCGGCGACACUGACGGUCCUUCGGGUCAAUCACACGAUGCCAGAGACCUUCACACUCCCUUACCGCUCCCGCAUCGGAACAACCGCAGUGCCAUGGACCGACUCCACCACAUUUCGGCAGAAUAAUUGUGUUGCUGUCAACGGCACGAACGGCGUGAACUUGAACAACCCCUCAAACCCCCUGCGCAAACGCGAUUCGAUGCUUCGUCCCGUGGAGAAGUUCCGUCAAAGCCCACCAGCGGCCGCGUCCUUUUCGCGUAAGCAGGCGCGCAGCGUCAUGCUCGACUCUACGCCGCUCCAGGACGUCUCACUCCCGCCCGCGCUCACGCCCGCCGGGAACGUCCCAGGCAGCAGCGGUGUCACGGAGUUCUUCCUUCUGAAGGACGGCAGGACCGGUGUCCUCGCGCUGGGCAGCUUUGAGGACACGGGUACUAUCGAUGACUUUGAGCAGACGCUGCUGACGGGCCUGGUGAACCUGAAGAAUAUGGGUGCGACGCAGCUGAUCGUCGAUGUGUCGAACAACGGUGGCGGCUUCAUCUGUGUUGCCCACAUCGUCGGUCCCAAGCCCACGAGCGUCCCGCAAGCGGGGCUGAACACGACCGCACGCGCCGGUCCGCUCGCACAGCAGAUCGUCAAGCAGAUCCUAGGUAACCCGAGCAUCGACCCGGGCGUGAACCUGCUGUACAACCCCCUCAACUGGUUCUUCCCCGAGAACAACACACAGUUUCCGGCCGACUUUGACUGGCUCGACCCGGACGUACCCAAGGUCAUCAACGGGCGGCAGGACGCAUUCUCCCUGACGUACGUCCCUGUUCCGAGCUUUCGCGACGGUCCCGU